GUGACGCAGCACACCUGAGCAGAGCUGCAGGAGAGAGAGAAGGGCCGACGUCACAGGACACGCACAGAGAAAUCAAGGAAUCAAAGGGUUAAAUUCCUUCGAGCUGACAGGAGUUAAAGCCGUUGUUUGGAGAGUCGUCCUGCCCGUUCAGUGCCUCUGCUCUCCUGUUUACAAGUGGUUGAUUAUCGUCCACUGCCACAGGGUGAUAAUGUGGUGUCUGCACUUCUGCGCCGUCCACAGAUUAACCGUGCUUUUGUCGGGGGGUACAAAGGGAAAAAAAAGGCCCCUCCCCUGCUGCUGAGCCGGGGCUUUCAGCAUGGCCCCCUGCCAGGGGAGGCUUUAAAAGGGUGGGGGCGCGUGGCUCCUCUCACUCUCACGGCAGGACAAACCAAGGGCAUCAAAGCAAGACAAGAUGACUCACCACUGCACCAAGUUCUCCGGCCACUGGAAGAUCAUCGUCUUCGACGAGGAGUGCUUCCAGGGCCGCCGCCAUGAGUUCACCUCCGAGUGCUGCAACGUUAUGGAGUUCGGCUUCGAGACCGUGCGCUCCCUGAGAGUGGAGAGCGGAGCCUGGGUGGGUUACGAGCACGCCUCCUACCAGGGACAGCAGUUCGUCCUGGAGAGGGGAGAGUACCCCCAGUGCGACGCCUUCGGAGGCAGCAACGCCUACCACAUCGAGAGGCUGACCUCCUUCAGACCUAUCGCCUGUGCUAACCACAGAGAGUGUCGUAUGACUAUCUUUGAGCGUGAGAACUUCCUGGGCCGUAAGGGUGAGCUUAGCGACGAUUAUCCCUCCCUCCAGGCCAUGGGCUGGUGCAACAAUGAAGUCGGCUCUCUCAAGAUCCAGUCUGGAGCAUUUGUGUGCUACCAGUACCCUGGAUAUCGUGGAUACCAGUAUAUCAUGGAGUGUGAUCGUCACUGUGGGGAGUUCAAACACUUCAAGGAGUUUGGCUCCCACUGCCAGACCCCUCAGAUCCAGUCCAUCCGCCGUAUUCAGCAGUAACAACCUCAUCCUCUCUCCCAUGUGACCUCUCACCUUUGACCCCGCUGCCCCCAGUGCUGAAUAAACUGUCUUUCUUAAACCUUACCGACUUCCACCGGUGAAUCUGCUUUUCUCG